AUGGAGGCCGAUACCAACUCAAACUACCCCGAGUCUCCCACAGAGGACGAUGAGGUGUUUUUGUGCAAAGGCUGCGGCGAGAUUCUAGAACAGGGGCGAGCCUUUGAGCUUGCUGGCCACCGAUGGCACCUUGGCUGUUUCCGAUGCCACUCUUGCGCCACCCUCCUCGACUCGGAUGCCAACCUGCUGCUGCUGGGCGAUGGCUCUCUCAUUUGCAACAACUGCACAUACAGCUGCAGCUCCUGCGGCAACAAGAUCGAAGACCUCGCCAUCCUGACCGGUGAUCAAGCCUUCUGCGCAACCUGCUUUAAGUGCCGCAACUGCAAGAGGAAGAUUGAAAACCUACGAUAUGCGCGUACUAGCCAGGGCAUUUUCUGCAUGAGCUGUCACGAGAGCUUGAUGGCAAGACGACGGAAGAAGGCAAAGGCUUCGAAACAAAUAGCUGCUGCAGGGAGCAACCCUAUUGUGCUAGAUAAGAGCCUGCCUGCACUACCACCCAACGCCGUCUCCCAGAGUGCUCUGCGAGAGUCCUCGCCCUCAGGCUCCUACUCCAGCGACCACCUAAAAGCCAGUCACGAGAGACAGCGAGACGCAUCGCCCAUGUCUGUGUCAGAUGAUAGCAAGAGAGGUAGCAGCCGUCACUUGUCUCACAUGGGUGCGCCCUCGGACCAAGACACUCUUACGCUGCCUGCUAGCACAUACAAGCAAGAGCGUGCUUCGACAAUGUCAUCCAACACCAUGACCUCAAUGUCUGAUGCCGACGACGGAUUCCUUCCUAUGGCCUACGACCCCAACCCUGCUCCUCCCCCUCUUCCACGCCGUCAGCAUCCCGAGACUACGCCUAGGAUGUCCGACAACCUUUCCCCUCAAGGUGCAUUCUCCAGAAACAACAGAGAUCGACCGUCGUCCUCGAGAUCGGUGUCGACUGAGCGCGAGAGCGUCCGAAGCCCUGGUACUGGUCACACCGACAGAAGCCGUCAGCAGGGUCUUCGCAAUGCUUCGGGUAGCAGCACACCGGUCACCACCUCAGCCGUUGCUUCACCCUCAUCCCUUACCAAUCAACAACGCCCUCGUCUGCCUCACACAAACAGUGCUUCGUCCAACUUGGUACCAGAACCUUUCAAACUUCAGGACGUGCCUCGCGAUCGCAGAGUAUCGCGCAACAGCCCUCGCGUUGGAAAGAACUCUCCCACGUCUCUGGACACACAGCAUCAUUCGAGACACACUCCGACCGACUCGAACCUGUCCCUGUCACCAGCCUCCGUGGACACACCCAGCUCGAGCAUCAAUCCUUUCGAUGACCCUAAACUCCGUGAAGCUUCGUCGAGCGCUGGCCCUGCAAAGCAUCCCGUUAGAGGCGAUUCUCUAGCACCAGCCAAUGCAUCAGGCAUCACCUCUCCUGUAACCACGCCGGCUCUUAGACAGUCUGAUGCUGCUCACGAACGCAAACAGUCCGCGACCUCCGCUCAAUUCGUAGAUGCACCAACACACCUUCGCUCCGAGACCGAGUCUCACAACACAGCCGACAUAGGUAUACCGGCUGCACCUCCCAGAGCCGCCAACCGUCCUUCUGCUCCAAGCAAGUCUGUCGCCAAUGACGAUUUUAUAGCCCCCAGAAUUCCGCCUGCCCCUCCUGCCACUGAACGCCCUCGCGCUGAAUCUAUCGGAGCUCUUCAACAUGAUCAGACCUCUGCAGCUUCACCAAAACCCUGGCGUACACAUCUUCCAAAGCAUAGUGCUGGAGAGGCCUUCUCAAUGGAAGAAGAGAUGUCCCGCAUCUUGAGAGGUGAAGAGCAGAAGAGAAAGGAGAAUGAGCACACCGGCGUUCUUCGUCGUGUCUCCAACGCGGUAAAGCACGGUAGAAGCUUCAGCGAUAAAUCGAUACCCCUCCAGAAGACCCCAACCAUCAGUUCGGCAGACAUCAGCAGCCCUAUUCUCAUUACCAGCCCAAUUUCUUCGCCGGGCCAGAUGGACGUCGCAACAUUAAGAUCUCAAUUGCGUCGUGCUCAACAAAAGAUUGCAGAGCUUGAGGCUGAUAAGCUCGGUCUCGAGGAGAAAAUGGACACCUCCGCCGACAUCAAGCAUGCUAACACUGAACUGCGUGAGAAGCGCUCAACCAUGGCAUUCCUUGACACUCAACGCGAGAUGGUGGUUCGCGAACUCGAGAUCAUGACUGAGCAUUUGACUAGAGCCAAAGAGAGUAACAAGCCUUUGGACAUCAGUCAGCUCAAGUCCGAGAUCCUACAGGACUUUGCACACUCUCUGCAAAAGUUGAAAGACAGUCUCGGCUCUCAAAUUGAGGAUCUUGUGCACAAGAGAAACGAACUUACUGAUGACAUCUCAAACCUCAUUCAAGUCAAGGACAAGGGUUUACAGGAGUUCGAAUCUCUGUCUUCGAAGAACCUCCAAUUGGCUGAGUUGAACAACCAACUUGUCAGCGGUAUUCAAGAUCUGUACAAGUCACAAAACUCGAAGAGCGGUGGUAUCGAGCGAUCACCCCUUACUAAUGGUCUGGGCAUCUACAACGGCUCGAACAGGGGUGACAUGUCUUCGCUGCACUCCUCAUCGUUGCAAGAGUCUACCAGUCUCCAUGACCUUUUGCCACAUGCAGCAGAUGCAGAGCCAGCUACUGUCCUCACGGCGCCGCAGGUGGUCAACAUCCGCAAAGGACAACCCAAGAAGUUUAACUGGAAGAAGGGUUCAUCUGGUCUUGCCAAGAACGUCACCAAAGGCCUCAAGGGUGCAUUCGCUGGCAACAAUGAUCGUGGAGUUCCUAUCAAGGCUGACGGUAGCUACGACAUCACCGGUAUGCCAUACUCGCAGAUGCAGGCAGGCCCUGGUGCAAUCAUGGGUGAUCAACCUUUGAACAGAGCUGGUGAUGCAAAGAGCUUUGGCUUCUUCUCGUCUAACCAGAAGAACGGCCUCAAGCCAGGCGCUCAGGGUGCCCAUGGUAAGAACGGUAGCAGCUCCAACCUGCUUGCUGAAAAUCCUUCUGUACUAUUCGGAUCUGAUUUGCGCGAGCGUUGCGACUAUGAAAAACGUGUCUUGCCCUCGAUUGUCACGCAUUGCGUCGAGGAAGUGGAGAAGCGUGGAAUGGACAUGGAAGGCAUCUACAGAAAAUCUGGCGGAAGCGGUCAGGUUAAGCUCAUCCAACAAGGCUUCGAGAAAGACGGCGCCUACGACAUCAGUGACCCGGAUCUUGAUAUUCAUGCUGUCACUAGCGCGUUGAAGCAAUACUUCCGCAAGUUGCCUAACCCCCUCAUCACUUAUGAGGCCUAUGACCCUCUGCUCGAAGCAGCUCAGAUCACAGAGAAGGAGAAGCAGGUCCCCGCCAUCAAGGCUGCGCUGGAGGCUAUGCCACAAGCUCACCACGAUGUACUGGAGUACUUGGUGCAGCAUCUGUGCCGUGUAGUCAAGCAGGAGUCGGAGAAUCUGAUGACACCGCUCAAUCUCUCGGUCGUCUUUGCGCCCACGAUUUUGCGACCCUUGAGCAUCGAACGCGAAAUGUCGGACAUGCAAGCCCAGCGUAUGGCAGUGCAGGCGCUGCUUGAACACGCGGACUCCAUCUUCGAGAACUAA